UAAAGGAGGAGAUCUGAUAUUAAUCAGUAUAUAGCUCGGAGCCAGACUUUCUCAAAUGCGGUGUAGGAACAUGUUCUUCUCAUUUAAGGCAUCUCUUUGUGGCUGUGGGGCUGCCACCGGUCGGAGUUUGACAGCUAUAGGCUGUACUCUGAAUUGCAGUUGCCCAAGCUUCAAACCAGGGAAAAUAAACCACCGGCAGUGUGAGCAGUGCAGACACGGAUGGGUGGCCCAUGCUCUAAGUAAGCUGAGGAUCCCCCCUGUGUAUCCGACAAGCCAGGUGGAGAUUGUCCAGUCCAAUGUGGUGUUUGAUAUUAGCAGCCUCAUGCUCUAUGGGACCCAAGCCAUCCCUGUUCGCCUGAAAAUCCUACUGGACCGGCUCUUCAGUGUGCUAAAGCAAGACGAGGUCCUCCAGAUCCUCCAUGCCUUGGACUGGACCCUUCAGGAUUACAUUCGUGGAUACGUGCUGCAGGAUGCGUCGGGAAAGGUUUUGGACCACUGGAGCAUCAUGACUAGUGAGGAAGAAGUGGCCACCUUGCAGCAGUUCCUCCGCUUUGGAGAGACCAAGUCCAUUGUCGAGCUCAUGGCAAUUCAAGAGAAGGAAGAGCAGCCCAUCAUCAUACCCCCUUCCACUGCGAGUGUGGACAUCAGGGCUUUCAUCGAGAGCUGCAACCACCGGCGUUCCAGCCUCCCCACGCCUGUGGACAAAGGAAGCCCUAGCAGUGUACACCCCUUUGAGAACCUCAUAAACAAUAUGGCUUUCAUGCUGCCUUUCCAGUUCUUCAACCCUGUACCUCCUGCUCUGAUAGGCUCACUGCCUGAGCAGUUUAUGCUGGAGCAGGGUCAGGACCAAAGUCAGGACCCCAAGCAGGAAAUCCAUGAAUCCUUCCCUGACAGCAGCUUCUUGACUUCCAACCCCACACCAUUUCAGGUUGAAAAAGACCAAUGUUUAAAUUGUCCAGAGACUGUGACUCAAAAGGAAGACAGUGCCCAUUUAAGUGACUCCAGCUCUUACAACAUUGUCACUAAGCUUGAAAGGACACAGUUGUCCCCUGAAGCCAAAUUGAAGCCUGAGAGGAACAGCCUGGGCACAAAGAAGGGCCGAGUGUUCUGCACGGCCUGCGAAAAAACCUUCUAUGACAAAGGCACCCUCAAGAUCCACUACAACGCCGUACACCUGAAGAUCAAGCAUAAGUGUACCAUCGAAGGGUGUAACAUGGUAUUCAGCUCCCUGAGAAGCAGGAAUCGCCACAGUGCCAACCCCAACCCUCGGCUGCACAUGCCAAUGAACAGAAACAAUAGGGACAAAGAUCUGCGGAACAGCCUAAACCUGGCCAGCGCUGAGAGCUAUAAGCGCCCAGGUUUCACAGUGACCUCACCAGACUGUAGGCCACUCCCCAGCUACGCUGGCUUAGGGGAGGAUUCCAAAGGCCAACCAGCCUUCCCAAGCACUGGGCACAAUGGCGUGCUGUUUCCCAACCUAAAGACAGUCCAGCCGGUCCUUCCUUUCUACCGCAGCCCGGCCACUCCAGCCGAGCUCGCCAACACACCGGGGAUGCUGCCUUCUCUCCCGCUGUUAUCCUCUUCGAUCCCAGAACAGCUGGUUUCAAAUGAAGUGCCAUUCGAUGCCCUUCCCAAGAAGAAAUCCCGCAAGUCCAGUAUGCCUAUCAAAAUAGAGAAGGAAGCGGUGGAAAUCGCUAAUGAGAAGAGGCACACCCUCAGCUCAGAUGAAGACAUGCCCCUGCAGGUGGUCAGCGAGGAUGAGCCCGAGGUCUGCAGCCCUCAGUCAGACCAAGCACCUGAGGAGCAGCGCCUGCCAUCGGGACACAUGGGUAGGCCUCUCCCUGAAGGAGAGAGGCCUCGCCAUCUCAAAUCAGUGAUCGAGUCCAGCGGCACCAUCCACCGAACCCCUGAGCAGGCCACACACAACUUGGAGAAGGAGCCUGAGCAGAAGCCAGCAUUGACCUUGGUGUCAAGUGAGGUUGAGGACAGUGGUUGUGAACACCACCUCCCCCCUGGGAUGGAACCCCACGGUCCCUUUCCUGACUACAUCCAACUGCAGCAACGCCUGCUGGCUGGGGGCCUGUUCAGUGCAUUGUCCAACAGAGGAAUGGCGUUUCCUUGUUUCGAAGAUUCUAAAGAACUGGAGCAUGUGGGUCAGCAUGCACUAGUGAGGCAGAAGGAAGAGAACCACUUCCAGUGUGACAUCUGUAAGAAGACCUUUAAAAACGCUUGCAGUGUGAAAAUGCACCACAAGAACAUGCACACCAAAGACACCCACCUGUGCACAGUCGAGGGCUGCAAGGCCACCUUCCCUUCCCGCAGAAGCAGAGACAGACACAGUUCUAACCUAAACCUCCACCAAAAAGUUUUGACCCAAGAACCACUGGAGAGCAGUGAAGACCACUUCCAUGCAGCAUAUCUUCUGAAAGAUGCAGCUAAGGGGCCCUAUCAGGAUGUAGCUUUCACACAGCAAGCCUCCCAGACAUCUGUCAUCUUCAAGGGAACAAGUCGGAUGGGCAGUCUGGUUUACCCAAUAACCCAAGUCCACAAUGCCGGCCUGGGGAGCUACAACUCUGGUCCCCCAAGAGAGGGCACCAUCCUCGAUUUGAGCACUACCUCAAGCAUGAAGUCGGAGAGCAGCAGCCAUUCCUCUUGGGACUCCGACGGGGUGAGCGAGGAAGGCAACAUGCUCAUAGAGGACAGUGAUGGCGACUGUGAAGGGCCAAGCCUUGUCCCCGGGGAAGAUGGCUACCCCAUCUGUGUCCUGAUGGAGAAGACCGACCAGAGCCUGGCCAGCCUGCCUUCUGGGUUGCCCAUAACAUGUCACCUCUGCCAAAAGACAUACAGUAACAGAGGAACCUUCAGGGCCCACUACAAAACUGUCCACCUCCGCCAGCUCCACAAAUGCAAAGUGCCAGGCUGCAACACCAUGUUCUCAUCUGUCCGCAGUCGAAACAGACACAGCCAGAAUCCCAACCUGCACAAAACCCUGGCCUCAUCUCCAAGCCACCUCCAGUAACAAGAUGGUGGACCAAGUAUGCUUGGAGAAGCAUCCAUUCUAAUUCAGGAAUAAGGUAGUCCAAAGAAGUGUUUCUAGCUUUGUUGAAUACCAUUUGAGGCAAACCAGGCUAAAAGUAUUUGAUUUAACUUUAUAGUUUUUUUACAGCAGGAUGAGCAAAAGCGAAGCCUUGUGGGAAGUUGACAUUGAGGUAGCCCUUCCAAGUAUUAUUUUUCUUAGCCCAAGAGGUUUUUUUCACUGACAUAAAGAAAACUUGCAGAAACUCAGUUUUUCCCAGAUUUGUUUACAUGUUCCUUGGGGGAAAUCCAGGUCUGCAGAUCAGCUGGGUCUGGGACUUGGGGGAGGGGGAGCUUAAAGCGAGGCUUGCAGUAUUAAAAGAUAAGUGUGUGUUGGGGAAGAAGUCUGUCAUCAAGAGUGAGAAGCCAACCCCAAAGAUCCCAUUUUCAGUUCCUUCUUUAAAAAAAAAAAAAAAAUUUACUGAGUAUAAAUCCAGGCUUGAGCUGGAGGGAAAAUGACUCUUUGAGACCAUCCCUCCAUUUGGAGUGAAGAAUUGCCUUUUUUUUUUUUUUUAAUUCUAAAGCUCUCAUGUUACUCCAGGGAGUUCUCAGAGGAAGUUGUUUGGCCUCUAACGUGUUCCUUGUUAAUUCUUAAUCUGUAACACUAGUUCAGGAAGCUAGGAGAACAUAUUUCGUGCAUUUAAACAAUAAUGGUCUUCAAUUUAAUUUAAAAAUAAUUUUGAUACUAUUUAAUUUGUGUUGAUGUUACUCAAGUACUUGGUGUGAGUGCAGACAUGUCACGGGAUACCCACUGGAUCUCUCUGCUCAAAGGCAGAACAAGUGAUGACAUAAACUUCCAAACCACCACCCGUUUUCACUGGCGACCUUCGAGGCUGUUAGUUUUGAUCCCCUGUGGAAUGAACACGAGCCUGAGUCUGACCGAGAUCAUUUGUAUAUAUUCUGCCACAGCAUUUAGAGAGAGAAUAUGGUUGUUGACAGCUGUCGUGAGUUUUCACUGUCACUGGAUCCCUCAAUCUCCAUCCUUUUGACAAAUAUGUCAGAUGAGGAUGAACUCUUGAAUUUCCUUGGUAGAAAGAAAAGUAUGACCUUCUUGUCAUACUACACGUCUUAAUAUUUAACUUAUUCUGAAAUGUUUUCCACACUGUUAUACACAUUUGCUGUUGUAGAAAGGAAACUUAAAAAUCAGUCCUGUGAAACAACACCAUCUCCUGAAACUUGGCCUUUGCAGUCCUUUCAAAGCCUGUGGUUGGUAAAAAGAAAUUGAUUUUGUAUUCAGAGUUCAAAUCCACUAUCUUUUAAAUUUAUGGUUGAUUCAAGUAAUGAAAACAUCCUAAAGAAAAUUGGGCGUUCUAAGAGAGAUUAUUUCUUUGGCCUGAAGGUGAAAAAAGUUAACACCCUGUUACCAGUUAUUUCCUUUUUUUUUUUUAAAUAAAUGUGACAACUUAAUACUUGUCUCUGCUUGAAAUGAGAUGUAUCUUUCAACUGUUCUGUUACCCAGCUGUUUAAUAUUCCACUUUCUCCAAACUAGAGCAAUUUGUAUACAAAUGAGUUUUCUAUGAUUUAAU